GCAGCUGGAAUUGCAAUUUGAAGCGCUGCCUGGGCUGGGCCGGGCCGCCGGAGCGGGAGUGGGAGGAAGGCGCUCGGGGAAGCCAGAGGAAGCCAGAGAGGCGGCUGGCCGGCACGGCACGGCACGGCACGGCACGGCACGGCGCGGGAGCCGCGGCAUCGCCCGGCAGCGGGUGCUGCAGCGGGACGGGACGAGCGGGCCGGGACGGCGAGGCGGGAUGGCGACGCUCCUGGAGCCCGGCAUGCAGAGCCUCCGCCUAGGUGCCAACGGGGAGCCGCGGUGCCACACGCCGUCACCGCCCGGCUCGCCGGGGACGCGCCACAGCUGCAGCAUCGCCCCGCUGACGCCCUCCCAGUCCCCGAGGAGCGAGGCUCGGGCCCCCCCGGCCGCCCCCUUCGCCGUGGUGGUGGCCAUCGACUUCGGCACCACGUCCAGCGGCUACGCCUUCAGCUUCGCCAGCGACCCCGAGGCCAUCCACAUGAUGAGGAGAUGGGAAGGGGGCGACCCGGGGGUGGCCAACCAGAAGACGCCCACCAGCCUGCUGCUGACGCCGGACGGCGCCUUCCACAGCUUCGGCUACACGGCCAGGGACUACUACCACGACCUGGACCCCGAGGACGCCCGCCACUGGCUCUACUUUGAGAAGUUCAAGAUGAAGAUCCACAGCACCAGCGACCUGAGCAUGAAAACGGAGCUGGAAGCCGUGAACGGGAAGAAGGUGCAAGCGCUGGAGGUGUUCGCGCACGCGCUGCGCUUCUUCAAGCAGCACGCGGUGCAGGAGCUCAGGGAGCAGUGCCCGGCGCUGCCGGAGACGGAGGCCGUGCGCUGGGUGAUCACCGUGCCCGCCAUCUGGAAGCAGCCGGCCAAGCAGUUCAUGCGGGAGGCCGCCUACAAGGCCGGUCUGGUGUCGCCGGAGACCCCGGAGCAGCUGCUGAUCGCGCUGGAGCCCGAAGCGGCAUCCAUCUACUGCAGGAAGCUGCGGCCGCACCAGCUGCUGGAGCUGAGCUGCCCGGCGCCGGCCAAGGGGCUGGGGCCCGCGCGCGCCCUCGACUCCAGCUUCAGGCAGGCCCGGGAGCAGCUCCGGCGCUCCCGCCACAGCCGCACCUUCCUGGUGGAGUCGGGCGUCGGGGAGCUCUGGGCCGAGCUGCAGGCAGGUGACAGGUACGUGGUGGCGGACUGCGGCGGCGGCACCGUGGACCUCACCGUGCACCAGCUGGAGCAGCCGCAGGGGACCCUCAAGGAGCUCUACAAGGCCUCAGGAGGCCCCUACGGGGCGGUGGGGGUGGACCUGGCCUUCGAGCGGCUGCUGUGCCGCAUCUUCGGGGCGGAUUUCAUCGCCACCUUCAAGGCGCAGCGCCCGGCGGCCUGGGUGGACCUGACCAUCGCCUUCGAGGCCCGCAAGCGCGCGGCGGCCCCCACCCGCGCCAGCCCCCUCAACGUCUCCCUGCCCUUCUCCUUCGUCGACUUCUACCGCAAGCACCGGGGCCACAACGUGGAGACGGCCCUCAAGAGGAGCAACGUCAACUUCGUCAAGUGGUCGUCGCAGGGGAUGCUGCGCCUGUCCGCGGAGGCCAUGGCCGAGCUCUUCCAGCCCACCGUCGGGCAGAUCAUCGCGCACAUCGGCGAGCUCCUGGGCAAGCCGGAGGUGCGGGGCGUCAAGCUGCUGUUCCUGGUGGGCGGCUUUGCCGAGUCGCCCAUGCUGCAGCACGCGGUGCAGGCUGCCUUCGGCAGCGCCUGCCGCGUCGUGGUGCCGCACGACGUGGGGCUGACCAUCCUCAAGGGCGCCGUGCUCUUCGGCCUCGACCCCGCCGUGGUGCGCGUGCGCCGCUCGCCGCUCACCUACGGCGUGGGGGUGCUCAACAAGUUCGUGGAGGGGAAGCACCCCCGCGAGAAGCUGCUGGUGAAGGAGGGCAAGAGCUGGUGCACCGACGUCUUCGAGAAGUUCGUCGCCGUGGACCAGUCCGUGGCGCUGGGCGAGGUGGUGCAGCGGAGCUACUGCCCGGCCCGCGCCGGGCAGCGCAAGACCAUCAUCAACGUCUACUGCAGCGCCGCCGACGACGUGGUCUACAUCACCGACCCCGGCGUGCGCAAGUGCGGCACCGUCAGCCUGGAGCUGGACGAGGCCGGCGAGGGCGGCGGGGCCAAGCGGGGCCGCCGCGAGAUCCGCGCCAGCAUGCAGUUCGGGGACACGGAGAUCAAGGUCACCGCCGUGGACAUCAGCACCGCCAAGACGGUCCGGGCCACCAUCGACUUCCUCUCCAACUGAGCGCCGCGGCGCGGGACGCUCGCCGGCGGGUCGCUCCGGGCCGGGGGGCCGAGCCCCUCUCCAGCCGCGCGUUAACCGUCUCGCAGCCGCUUCGGGAACGGCUCGGAGCGGCGCCGGCUCCGGGAUCCGGGAGGAGACGCCGGGCGCCGCGGGAGCGGGGUGCUGCAGCGGUCCCCCCCCCCGGGUCAACGCAGGCAAACGGAGCCCGGGCGUGUUUUCAGCUGAAGUUUAUUAUUUUCCUUUAUAGAUUUUUUGUAAUUAAAAACAAAAAUACCCACACAUAGACACA